ACUUCUCCUCCUCUUUCUUCUCUCCACCCCUCUACACCACAGAGGCAUGCUUUGGAUCAGUUCACACUGCUAUCCAAAUACUGUAUGAGCCGGCGACUACAGCUCUGAGGUCAAGUCAGAUUAACAGCAGUUUGCACAGAGAAAGUCUGGUUUUAGUUUAAGUGAAGUUUUCAGGCUUGGAAGUCGACGUGGUUGACAGCAUGGACAUGGAGAAACCACAGACGCGUUACUGCAUCCGGCGUACGCAUGUACUUGUCAUCUGUGUGAUGAUGGUGGUGUGCUCUUUGGCAGUGGGCCUUGGGGUGGGCCUCUCCAGGUCAGGCACCACCACGACCACAGAACCUACUGAGUCCCUUCCACCUGGCAGAGGGCCCUGCAUGCCUUCCACUGAUUCUAGCGGGGAAUGGACAGGUUUCCGUCUGCCCAGCUACGUGAAUCCGGUCCACUAUGACCUGCAUCUGGAGCCUGACUUAGUUGAGGACACCUACACCGGCACCGUGAGCAUCCAUGUGGAAAUCAGUAGGCCCACACGUCAUCUGUGGCUCCACAUCAGGGAUACAUUUGUCAGUGCCCUGCCCAGGCUGACGAAGCUAAACCAUGACGGAGGCAGUAGGGAGAUGCCGAUAAAAAGUUGUUUUGAAUACAAACCUCAGCAGUAUGUGGUGGUGGAAGCUACAGAGGAACUGCCUGCCACCAACCUAGGAGAGGUAUAUGUGCUCAGCCUGGACUUCCAGGGCUGGCUCAAUGGCUCUCUGGUGGGAUUCUACAGCGUUGUUUACACUGAGAAUGGGGUCAUUAGAAAGAUUGCUGCAACUGAUCACGAGCCAACCGACGCCCGCCGGUCGUUUCCCUGCUUUGAUGAACCCAACAAGAAGGCCACCUAUAACAUCUCCAUCACUCAUGAUGCUGCCUAUAAAGCUCUGUCCAACAUGCCACCUGAGGGCACCCCUCAACAAAUGCUUGGCAAUAAAGUGAAGACCUCCUUCCAGAAGUCCAUUCCAAUGAGCACCUAUUUGGUAUGUUUUGCUGUGCACCAGUUUCACCAUGUGGAAAAAACCUCCGCCCAAGGAAUUCCUCUGAGAAUCUAUGCCCAGCCAAGUCAGUUGGCAACUGCAGAGUAUGCAGCCAACACAACCAAGGUCAUCUUUGACUACUUUGAGGAAUAUUUCAACAUGCCGUACUCCAUCUCAAAACUAGAUAUGAUAGCCAUCCCUAACUUUGGCACUGGUGCCAUGGAGAACUGGGGCCUCAUCACCUACAGGGAGAACAACCUGCUGUAUGAUGAAAACGAGUCUUCCUCAAGCAACAAGCAGAGAGUUGCCAGUGUUAUCGCCCAUGAGUUGGUUCACCAGUGGUUUGGGAACAUUGUGACUAUGGACUGGUGGGAUGACCUCUGGCUUAAUGAGGGCUUUGCCAGUUUUUUUGAGUACAUCGGUGUGGAGAAAGCUCACCCUAGCUGGGGCAUGCGAGACAUCAUGAUCAUCAGUGAUGUGCUUCCUGUAAUGGUGGAUGAUGCCCUCCUCUCCUCACAUCCGAUCAUUGUGAAUGUGUCGACCCCAGCAGAGAUCACCUCAGUGUUUGAUGGCAUCUCAUACAGCAAGGGAGCAUCCAUUCUCAGGAUGCUGGAGGACUGGAUGGGUAAAGACGUCUUCAGAGCUGGCUGUCAAAAAUACUUGAAAGACUACAAAUUCAAGAAUGCCAAAACAGCCGACUUCUGGGAAUCUCUUGCCAGUGUGAGUGGGCUCCCAGUUGCAGCGGUAAUGAACACAUGGACCAAACAGAUGGGUUAUCCUGUGCUCAGCCUAUCUGUCUUAGAGAUGAAUGCCACACUGAGCCAAAAGCGUUUCCUCCUGGAUCCUCAAGCUGAUGCCAGCCAGCCCCCUUCAUUGCUUGGGUACAAGUGGAUGAUUCCUGUCAAAUGGCACGCUUUGAAAAGCAACAGGACAGUGAUGACUCUGUUUGACAAGAACAGCAUAGAGCAUGUCAUCACUAACUACACACCCUCAGUGGACGGGCUGCUGAAGGUUAACAGUGAUCAUACUGGAUUCUACAGAGUCAACCAUGAUGACCACAUGUGGAAUGCUAUCAGUGAACAGCUUCAAAAAAACCACUUGGAAUUUGAUGCAGCUGAUCGCACAAGCUACAUUGAUGAUGUUUUUGCUCUUGCAAGGGCAGACGUUAUAGAUUACAGUAAUGCUCUCAAACUUACCAAAUACCUGACAAAGGAGACCGACUACAUAGUCUGGGUCCGUGUGGCUGCCUCUAUCGCUUAUGUUCGAGACAUGCUGUCAGCAAAUGAUAAACUCUACCCAAAGUUUCAGAAACUAUUUCGUGACCAUGUGAAACCAAUUGCAACACAACUUGGAUGGAAUGAUGAAGGAACACAGACACAGAGGUUACUGAGGGAGACCGUGCUUAGUAUCGCUUGUCAGAUGGAAGAUGAGCAGGCUCUAAAUGAAUCCUCCCGCAUUUUUGACCAGUGGAUUAAUGGAAACCUCAGCAGUGUAGCAGUGAACCUGAGGCUGCUGGUCUAUCAAUAUGGCAUGAAGAAAUCAGGCAGUGAAGCAAAGUGGAACACAAUGUUCCAGAGGUACAAAGAGACUUCUUUGGCUCAAGAGAAGGACAAGCUGCUGUAUGGACUGGCUUCUGUGGAGGACGUGAGACUUCUGUACAAGCUUCUGGAGGCUACUAAGGAUGAGAGUAUCGUGAGGAGUCAGGAUCUGUUCACUGUGGUGCGGUAUGUGUCAUACAACCCACUGGGACAGAGCAUGGCCUGGGACUGGACCACACUUAACUGGGACUAUCUAGUCAACAGGUACACUAUCGAUGACAGGAACCUUGGUCGCCUACUGAGUCGAAUCACCACCACCUACAACACAGAGCUCCAGCUAUGGAAGAUGGAGCAUUUCUUCGGUCUAACACCACAUGCCGGCGCUGGGGAGAUGCCCAGGCAGCAGGCACUGGAGACGGUGAGGAACAACAUUGAAUGGAUAAAGAAGAAUGAGAAUGAGAUCAGAGUGUGGCUGGAGAGCAACGUGGCACUGUGAUGUUUUCCCAUUAUGUAGCUAGGAAGGUAUCAGCUGCCCAUUUUUCUUUCAUUGCACCCCUUUACUCAUUAGCUUUACUGUGAAUCAUUUCUGAUCUUUUGCUCCUAGCCAGAAUACACACAAGCCCUUCACCUGCUUGUACUUUAAGCAUUUUAUUACAAUUUCUUCAGAAUAUUUUUGUAAAAAUUUAACUGGUAAAAGACAUCUUAGUCACAAAAACAAAUAUUUGUAUGAUAACUUUUGAAUAUAAUUAAAAUGACUUUAAACCUCAGGUGUUGGAAUUCUCAUGAUCACAGAUCCAUUGGCACAGUGGCAUAGUGAGUGUUUUCCACCAGCAGCACAGAUUGUCAUUCUUACCUAUAUGACAGUGCGUUCGUUGUAAACUCACAUUGUUUCUGUGUGCCUCACACAAAGAAAUUGCACCGUUCUCCGGGCAUCAUCCUCACAUAAUGAGCGCCAGAUAUUUGUAAGCAAUAUGCUAACAAAAUGUCAAUGUAAGAGUGCUGACACACUGACGAUGAAGAAAUAAAUUUUUA